CGGCUUAACAUUGAGCGCGCCAUUCCGAACAUCUCAGUCGUCUCAGCGAGAACCUUUUCACUUGAAGAUGUGGCAUCGGUAACAAUUCUCGACCUGCCACUCUCAUGCGCGGUAUUCUACCUGGAAGGCCGCAGGCUAAGCUGCAAGCAGUCAGCCAUGGACUGUGGGAAGGCAACCAGAUCAUUGUCUACAUCUCCGGGAACGCGCUCAUAAUACUGGACCGCCCGAACCAUGUCCUCCAAACUACAUACAUCGAUGAGGAGACCGAGCUGGAAGCGGUUGCCUUUGACGAGAAUACAGGAAAGAUAGCAGCCAGCUCGACAAAGACUGUGUAUACAUAUCAACCAUAUGGACAAGACGAGGAUGCAAUCAAAUGGUCGUUACAGGGGAGCGUGCCGUUACCAGACCCGGAAGAUACAAUAACAACCUUAUCCUGGGGGAUGCCCGAUGAGUUGCUCGUAGGAAGUGGAUCUCUGACGCUUCUCAAUACCCAUACUGCCACUGAGCAAAUUUGGACUAAGAAGCUCGCGAACCCCGUCAAAUUCGCACACUUUUCGCCCGAUGCCGAGUUGAUCGCUUCAACAGGUCGCUACGAUCGAUUGCUCAAGAUUUGGCGGCGCCUUGCAUUUGGCUCUGCAGACCAACAGCGAUUCGAUUACUCGUAUCUACCCCACCCAGCCGUUGUCACAGGGGUGCAUUGGCGACGUCCCAUCCACAAGGAGCAAACAGUUGACAAUGUUCUUUACACGGUGUGCGCCGACAAUAAAGUAAGGGUGUGGGUACCGGGAGAACAUCAUGGGGUGGAUGGAUUCAAUCUUUGGGCAGAGCUCGAUCUGAUGGAAUGUAUCCAGCCCCGCGUCAUAACGGAAGACCAGCAAUCAAGCAAGAGAUAUGCUUUCUUCAUCGACGGGCGAGACUUCACAUUUGCAACAGAACGUGCGGUUCAGCAGGCGACCAGUGAAGAAAAAGACCAAGUGGCGCUACACCAUCUAGUCGAGGUCGCCAAUCGUAAUCCCGAAAUAUGCGUCGUGCUAGAUGACAGAGGGAAUAUGUCCGCAUGGGGUUUUGAAAACAUUGGAGCGAAGAUUAAGAAGGUCACUGAUGUAUUCAACAUCGCGCAUUCGGAUGGCUUGCAUCUUCACUUCGCAAAAGGUGCCCACGGCCUGCAUGAUAAUGUCCAGUUUUACGCGUUCUGUGGCGACAAACCAGGUUCUGUCAUUACUCUUCUGUCGCAUCACUAUGACGGGAGAAUUGAGUGGUUGGAAUCACGUGUUGAUCGUCUUUUGGAUCCAUCGCGACAAUUGCAACGAAUCCAGCGCAAGACCAUCUGGACCGGCCACUCACAUGCCAUCAAAAAAGUCAAUCGUACUGCAAGUGGAAGAGCACUAGUCUCACGGACUGUCACAGAUGAGUGCAUCGUCUGGGUCCAAAGACCAACCGAAGAGGGCAUGACACUGCACAGGCACAGCACUGUCAAGGUCACCGAGCACAUUCAUCGAACUGCUCUGCUCCAGGACGGAAACUUUGUGGUUUUCCUUCAUCACGACCACAUCGCGCUAUCUGAUAGUCGUGGCCCGCAAGCCGUUGAGGCGGCUCGCCUCAGCUACAAGCUCAAAGGGAAACCCUUGUGUUUGAUCGUUGUACCAGAAACCCGGACUGGGGGUCGAGUAGUACAUCUCGCUACCAUCAGUUCGGAGAUGAAAGGUAUCUGCUGGGAAAUUCGGCUCCCACAUCUAGAUCGGGAUCCUGUCACCGGCCGUAGGCUUUCGAUUCCCACAAACGGCAAUGCCAACGGACAUCCAGAGAUUUGUAUGGAAGAGUUCUCCACCUUUGACCUUGGCUCAGGCGACGAUCUAGCAUUCGUCCUGCCUGUCGAUCCCGCGGGUUCAGCCCCUGUGAUAUCAGGCUUCCUCGACACGUUUGCGCGCGACAUUGCUAUAUCGUACACUAAAUCUGGCGUCAUCAAAUCGUGGACAGCUAGAGUGAAUGUCGAUAAGAGAGAUUUAGAAUGGUUACAGACAUCCGUUGUUGAGACCGGGGUCAGUAACCCAACACUUGCCAGCGGUACCUCCAUACGGAAAGCAGCGUUGGUGGAUGCCGAGAAGACUACUCUAACAAUCUGGAAUACACGAAGUGCGCAGUUAGAGUACGAAGAAAAGUUCGACGGAAAUGGCAUUAUCCAAGAUCUCGAUUGGUCAUCUACACCUGAUAACCAAUCAAUAUUGGCAGUCGGAUUUCCGCACCGGAUAGUCGUCUAUGCACAGCUCCGUUAUGACUACUUGAAUGCGGGUCCUUCCUGGGUGCCUAUCCGCGAUGUGCGUAUUCGAGACAUAACGCCUCAUCCUAUUGGAGACUCCGUUUGGCUGGGGAGUGGCAACCUGAUCAUUGGUUCAGGCAACCAGUUAUUCAUUCAAGAUGAGAAUGUCGAGGUCUCUGACUCAUUGUUUCCCAGCUUGCGCAUGGUCUCACGCAAAAGGGCAUCAAUCGACAUAUUCACAGCUGUGAGCCGUUUGAAUGGACCGUUGCCUGUAUACCACCCACAGUUACUCAGUCAAAGUGUGCUUGCUGGAAAGCUAUUGCUUGUCCAAAAGAUUUUGCUUCGUCUACACCAAAAGUUGAAGUUCUAUACUGAAGGUGAUGAUUUGGAUAGUUCUUUGGGAUUACUACCAGAGGACUUCUCUGAAGAUCCUGACGCUCAGAUGACAGCAUCUCGAAAAGACAUCCACACUUCUUAUGCUGACUUCUCUGACGACACUGAGCCGGACUCACUUACCGAGGAAGUUGCUGUCUCCCUUACGGAGCUUCUUACAAGUAAACGAAUUCCUAUACUCUCUUCGCGAGAGCAAUUUCGCCUCGCUGAUAUCGUUGAGUGCGUUGGAAUGGUAGAAAAACACCGACGGUCCAUUGAUGAUAAUGCUGGACGUUUCCUCCUUUUCUUCCGACAACAUGUCCUAAGCGACAGCCAUGGGAACGAAGGCCGAACGCCAAUAUCAUGGCGAGAGAUUUCUUGGGCGUAUCACAGCGGAAGCCAAGAUAUUUUAGUCGACUUGGUAUCAAGGCAUUUCAGUGGUAAACUUCUGUGGGGUCAGGCGAAGGAGAGCGGACUCUUCAUGUGGAUGACUGAUAUAAACGCCAUCCGCGCUCAAUUCGAAAUAAUUGCCCGAAAUGAAUAUACCAAGGGCGAUGAUCGAAACCCCGUCGACUGCUCUCUUUUCUACCUUGCGCUUCGCAAGAAACCUGUCUUGGUGGGCCUUUGGCGAAUGGCGCACGGCUCGAAAGAGCAAGCGGCUACGCAUCGUCUUUUAUCGAAUAACUUCACUGAAGCAAGAUGGAAGACAGCUGCUCUCAAAAAUGCCUAUGCGCUCAUGGGCAAACGAAGAUUUCACUAUGCUGCCGCCUUCUUCUUGCUUGCUGAUUGUCUCAAAGACGCAGUUGGCGUCCUAAACAACCAACUAGGUGAUACUCAGUUAGCCAUCGCAGUUGCGCGAGUCUACGAAGGAGACGAUGGGCCUGUAUUGACUACCUUCCUUAAGGAAAAGAUACUGCCCCAGGCUGCACGCGACGGCAACCGAUGGUUGGCAACUUGGGCUUUCUGGAUGUUGAACCGCCGUGACCAUGCUGUUCGCUGCCUAAUUACUCCACUGGAAAAGCUGAUGAGUCCCCCAGAGACUCCGGAGUACAAAUCAAAGAGCUAUCUGGCAGAUGACCCGGCUCUUGUUGUGCUCUACCGACAACUUAGAGAGAAGAGUCUACAGGCUUUAAGAGGUGCGACGAUGGUCGGUAUGCGAGAGGAAUGGGACUUCGUGAUGCACUCUUGCAAUUUAUUGACGAGAAUGGGCUGCGACUUAUUAGCCCUCGAUCUCGCUAAAACUUGGGAGUUCCUUGCGCCACCGCCGCGAGAAGUCGGCCUCAACCGGCCUCCUCUGUCUCCCGCGUUGCCACGCGACUCAUUCUAUGCCAAUGGGCCCAAUAAAACAACUACAGAUUUUGAGUUCGAUCCGCGAAAGCUUCUGCGUCGGCGCAGCUCACUUGUUGUGGCAGAUAUGCCUACGCGCGAACACAUCAGCAACAGCUUGGCUGCAAGCAAAGGCACGGUUAGGGAAGAGUCAAGUGAGGAUGAAGAGAAGAGCACAGAAGAGGUCGAGAUCAAGGAGGACAAGAAGAAGAAGCCCCCACCAACACAGUUCCAUGAGCCAGAUGCCAAUUCUCUGUUGGACGCGUUUGGUUUCUAAAGGACUUGAUAAUUUGACUUUUGCAACUGUUCAUAUUUCAUAAGGUCUAUAAUUCUAUAGCUGAUGGAUCCAAGGGCAUAGCACGGUGUUACAGGCGAAUGUGGUAGUAAAGCACUGCUUGGUUAUUUGAACCAUGGUUGCUUGUUGAUCCCUUUCUAAUAUUGAUACGUUUUGAUACUUCCU